AUGUUUGUCCAGCCGCGGCAAGGGAUCGCCGACUUCAGCUGCUACGCGGUCGAGUUCUCGCCCUUCCACGAGCACUGGCUUGCGGUCGGGAGCGCGCAGUACUUUGGCAUCAUCGGCAACGGACAGCAGCUCGUGCUGGAGCUGCAGGCCAGCGGCGACCUCACGCCUAUGCGCGCCUUUGAUACGCAAGACGGCGUCUACGACGUGGCGUGGAGCGAGACGCAUGCGUCGCAGCUCGUGAGCGCGUGUGCAAACGGCCACCUCAAGCUUUGGGACGUCACGACGACCGACGGGUUCCCGAUCCAGACGUUCGCCGAGCAUGCAAUGGAAGCGAGUAGCGUCAACUGGAACAUGGGCGACCGACAGCACUUUUGCUCCGGCAGCUGGGACUCGACCGUCAAGGUCUGGACGCCGACGCGACCCCACUCGAUUGCGACGCUGCAAGGCCACACCGGCCCCGUCUACAACGCCGUGUGGUCGGUCCACGCCAACUCAAUGAUUGCCUCGUGCUCGGGCGACGGCGCGGUGCGGCUAUGGGAUCUCAACUCGGGUGCGUCCGUGUGCCGCAUCGCCGCCCACGCCCAAGAGGUCCUCGCCUUGGACUGGAGCAAGUACGACCCGAACCAACUCGUGACAGGGUCGGUCGACGGAAGUCUCAAGAUCUGGGACAUUCGCAACCCCGAGAUGGAGGUCCGCGUUCUGCGCGGCCACCAGUACGCGGUGCGCAAGGUCAAGUUCUCGCCGCAUGCGCCCGACGUUGUCGCGUCGGCGUCCUACGACAUGUCGGUGCGGCUCUGGGACACCAAGGCGCUGCAUCCCCAGACGCGAGUUUGCAUCGACUUUAGCCUUUUUGUCCCUGGUUUGUUGGCGUCAUGCUCGUGGGACCGACGCAUUGUCAUGUGGAACACGCAUGGCGGUCCACCGCGCUUCCGCUAA